AUGGCUAAAGAUUUAUUGCCCAAGCAAGCGGCCAACGAGCCAUCGUUAAAGGACUGUACCUGUAAAAGAUGUCUUAAAUUGGGUGCUUCAAAAGAAAAAAAGAUUAGAAGAAAGAAGAAAGGUGAGGAGAAAAGAGAAAGACAUUAUGGAAAUAGACGAAAGUUAACAUUCAACUUUUUGAAGCAUACGAACAUGGAAAAUACAAAUUACGACGUAAUCACUUCGGUUGGAUAUCUGAAUGAAAAAUACGGAUUGAAAAAAUCACAUUACAUUGAAAAAUUUAUCAAAUGCAUCCAUAGAAAAAUAAAUAUCGAUGUUAGCAAAAUUACGGACGCCUAUGUAAACUCGCUAAACCCGUGGGUUAAAGUAAAACUCUUCCUUUUAUUGGUGACAUUGUCUGAAAAGGGUGGUCCGGAAUACUGGCUAGAUAAGACAGAUGGUGAAAAGAACUCAGAGGCGUCUUCAACAGAUAAUAGUUUGGAAAAUUCUACUAAAGGAGCAGAUAGCGCUGGAUCUACUGCUUUGAGAGAUGAAAUGGUCAAAAGCCAUAAAAACCUUUUCCCAACUCUUACAGAGCAAAUCAUACAGCAUAACAUCAACCAAGAUUUUACGGAAUCGACUUACGACGAGGAUUAUGUAUUUUCGUCAAUUUGGGCAAACUUCAUGGAAGGACUGAUCAAUCACUAUUUGGAAAAAGUCAUUGUACCUUACUCGGAAAUGAAAGUCUGUCAGCAAUUAUACAAGCCUAUGAUGAAAAUUAUCUCCCUCUAUAACGAAUACAAUGAGCUUAUGGUCAAAAGCGAAAAGAACGGAUUCUUGCCUUCUCUACAAGACUCCGAAAAUGUCCAAGGUGAUAAAGGCGAAAAAGAGAGCAAGGAUGAUGCCGUUAGCCAAGAAAGACUGGAAAGAGCGCAAAAGCUGUUAUGGCAAGCUCGAGAAGAUAUUCCAAAAACAAUUAGCAAAGAAUUAACGUUGUUAUCAGAAAUGUAUUCUACAUUAUCUGCUGAUGAGCAAGAUUACGAAUUAGAUGAAUUUGUUUGUUGCGCAGAGGAGUACAUUGAAUUGGAAUACCUACCUGCCCUUGUAGAUGUCUUGUUUGCUAAUUGUGGCACGAACAACUUCUGGAAAAUUAUGUUGGUGUUGGAACCCUUUUUCUACUACAUUGAAGACGUCGGCGGAGAUGAUGAUGAAGAUGAAGAUAAUGUGGACAAUAGCGAGGGCGACGAAGAAAGCUUACUUAGCAGGAAUGUGGAAGGAGAUGAUAAUGUGGUUGAGCGUCAUUUUAAGCCUGAUCCAAGGGUCAUUACACUGGAAAAAAUAUGUGAAGUUGCUGCAAGACAGAAAUGGAUAUAA